CGGGCCGGGCGGGGCCGGGCGGGGCGGGGCGGCCGCAGGAGGCCGAUCAGCCGCUAUAAGAGCGGAAGCGGCGGCGGCAGCUCCGCUCCCUGUGCUCGGCCAGCCAGCCCUGCCCGGCCCAUCCCGCCGACAUGGCGCUGUCCGCAGACCCCCAGUUCAAGAAGCUGCUGGAGUGGCACAAGGCGAACGCCUCCAAGCUGGUCCUGCGGCAGCUCUUCGAGGCCGAUAAGGAUCGCUUCCAGAAAUUCAGCUUGACUCUGAACACUGACCAUGGGGAUAUCUUACUGGAUUACUCCAAGAACCUCGUUACAGAAGACGUGAUGAAAAUGCUGGUGGAGCUGGCCAAGUCAAGGGGUGUGGAAGGUGCCAGAGAGCGCAUGUUCAGCGGGGAGAAGAUCAACUUCACUGAGAACCGAGCUGUGCUUCACAUUGCUCUGAGGAAUCGCUCCAACAGGCCAAUACUUGUGGAUGGGAAGGAUGUUGUUCCAGAAGUAAACAAAGUGUUGGACAAGAUGAAACACUUCUGCCAGAGAGUCCGCAGUGGGGAAUGGAAAGGCUACUCUGGGAAGACAAUCACUGACGUGGUCAACGUUGGCAUCGGUGGCUCUGACUUGGGUCCUCUGAUGGUAACUGAAGCCCUGAAACCCUAUUCCAAGGGAGGCCCUCGUGUCUGGUUUGUAUCCAACAUUGAUGGGACUCAUAUAGCCAAAACCCUGGCUGAGCUCAAACCAGACACCACUCUCUUCAUCAUUGCAUCAAAGACUUUCACCACCCAAGAGACCAUCACCAAUGCAGAGACAGCCAAAGAGUGGUUCCUGCGAGCUGCUAACGAUCCUUCAGCUGUGGCCAAGCAUUUUGUUGCCUUGUCUACCAAUGCUCCUAAAGUUAAAGACUUUGGAAUUGACCCAGAGAACAUGUUUGAGUUUUGGGAUUGGGUUGGUGGCCGCUACUCUCUGUGGUCUGCCAUUGGUCUCUCCAUCGCCCUGCAUAUUGGUUUUGACAACUUUGAGAAUCUGCUUGCAGGAGCCCACUGGAUGGAUAAUCACUUCCACACUGCCCCCCUGGAGAAGAACGCGCCUGUUCUGUUGGCCAUGCUGGGGGUGUGGUACAUCAACUGCUACGGCUGCGAGACCCACGCCCUGCUGCCCUACGACCAGUACAUGCACCGCUUCGCUGCCUACUUCCAGCAGGGUGACAUGGAGUCUAAUGGCAAGUACAUCACCAAGAAGGGCUCUCGUGUGGACUACAACACUGGCCCCAUAGUGUGGGGGGAGCCUGGCACCAAUGGGCAGCAUGCUUUUUACCAGCUCAUCCACCAAGGAACUCGCAUGAUUCCCUGUGAUUUUCUGAUCCCAGUCCAGACUCAGCACCCCAUCAGGAAUGGCUUGCAUCACAAGAUCCUGCUGGCCAACUUCCUCGCUCAGACGGAGGCCUUGAUGAAAGGGAAGACUGCGGAGGAGGCUCGGAAGGAGCUGCAGGGGGCCGGGCUGAGCGGGGAGGCUCUGGAGAAGCUCCUACCCCACAAGGUCUUUGAGGGAAAUCGACCAACCAAUUCCAUCAUGUUUACAAAACUCAACCCGUUCACUCUGGGAGCCAUCAUUGCCAUGUAUGAGCACAAGAUAUUUGUUCAAGGAGUUGUCUGGGAUAUUAACAGUUAUGACCAGUGGGGAGUUGAGCUUGGAAAACAACUUGCCAAGAAAAUUGAGCCUGAACUGGAGUCAGAUGCUCCAGUGACAUCUCAUGAUAGCUCAACAAAUGGGCUCAUCAACUUCAUCAAGAAACACAGAGCCUGAAAGGAAAUACUUGGAGGACAUCGCCAAUCUCACCACGGAAUACCCAAAUCUGUUGUAGUUGUGCUUUUUUAGCCACUUCCAACAAAAAUAGCACUUUACAGAUGUAGCUUCUUCACUUGUUGCAGUUAAUCUUGUUGCGUCAAGUGUUACAAAUGGAAACUAGUUUUGUGAAACCCUGAGAUUGUCUAGUUGCUUUCUAUUUUUGUGGCUGUUAAUCUGUAAAGUGCAGCUGGUAUAUUCAAUUCUUGCCCCUCAAGUUCCUUAAAGAUGAUCACCUACUGAUAUUAGAAAAUAAAAGGUAUGAUGGAUGAGUAAAACUUCUUCACUCUUUAUCCUUAAAGUGCAGCCCUAGUAACAUUUGCCUCCCUCACUGUGUAAGGUUCUCUGAAGCCAAGUAAACUAACUUCUCUCUCUUUGGACUGGUUCUGCUGUAAGCUGGAAACUAGAAUGUGUUCAAACAAUCAAAUCUACAGCUGUAGGUUGUUCAGGUUACACAUUUCAUGCAUUUGAGCAAGAUAGAGAUUGAUUUUUUUUUUCCGAAAGCUACUGUGAAAACGAAAGUUUACUGAUGUUUGGUAGAAGUGUUCAUGUUUUGUCUGUAACCUAUGUGGACAGCUAUCCAAAAAAGAAGAAAACUGGAGCAACUGAUACCAGUUUUCCAGAGUUUGUGAAGCAAAAGGUUGUGAUCACUUGUGGAAGAAAUGUAUUUUUGGUAUCCUAGAGGGGCAAUUUCACAUUCUUAAAUCACCAUCACUGUCCAACAACAACAAAAAAUAGAGAAACCUGUUUGUCAACGAGUUGUUUAUCCUCUUUUGUCCUCUACUACUGUUAACCCCUCUUUGCUAGUGGACUGGCAUGCUCUGGCUAUUGUUCUGUAACACCUUUAAUAAAGGUAAGACACAAGCAUUGAAA